AUGCAAGGGGAAGGGACCAUUCACCCUCCCUCGGAAGCCGCAGACUUCUACCGCCCCUAUUGCUGGGCUAAGCGGGGGCCCUGGUCGACUCCAAGAGGUCUAUACUACGCCAGUGGCGUGAUGAGGAGGACAGGUGGCAUCCCCAAGACACACAGGGAGCUAACCGAGGGGAGCGUUAAGACCAACGCCCUCUUGCACUGA